UCUGCAUAAAGGAAUGACUGGCAUUCAUGAGCUGAAUCAGAGGGAGGUUACGCAGUGGUGUUGAGACCCAGCGAAGUUUUAAAGACUUAAACCCAAUAGUUGGCCACUGCCUGAAGUAGGUGAAAUGAAUUUGAGGAUUAGGCGAUGGCGACGAUUUUGUGGUGAAAGUUCGUCGGGGACCGCGUGAUUGUAGCUUUUGCGGUCCAUUGAAGACAGAAUGGGCCAGACGUCAGCCUCCACCUUGUCUCAAAAUGCUAGUGUGGAUGGACUGGAAAAAGCUUCUCUGGCCAACUGUGACGUUGUGGUGGGCUGCACCCAGACCCAACCACUAAAGCAGAAGGGUAAGCUCUCCAGCAUAGGGAAGAUCUUCAAACCCUGGAAAUGGCGCAAGAAGAAACCCAGUGACAAGUUUCAGGAUUUAUCCAAUGUUCUAGAGCGGAAAAUCUCCACAAGACAAAGUCGAGAGGAGCUGAUAAGACGAGGCGUCCUUAUUCCUGAAGAGGAGCCAGUGAACUCUGAAACCCUUAAUGGUCAUGCCACAUCUUCUGUGGCGUCUGAGGAGGUCAAAGUUGACAUAGAGUCUCCAGAAACGCCAUUGGAGGAGAAGACGGAAGGUUUGGAGAACAACGAAGACAUAGCAGUGAAGAAUGAAAAUAAAGCAACUCCAAAAGGGAACCAGGCCAAAACACGAGAGACAAAAAAAAAAACAGCCGCCGCUCUUCCCAGAUCAGCCGGCGGGGCGACAGGGUCCACAGCAGGGCGAAGGGACGGGGCCGCGGGCACAAAAAAACUGCCCAAAAGCACAGGCAAGCAAGCGCCCGCUCAGCCGCCCAAACAAAACCCACAAAACAAUUACCGUGGGAACGCCAAAUCCUCUCAGCCUAGAAAAACUGGAGUUCCAUCCAAGACCGCUGGCCAGUCUUCAACCUCCACAUUGCAAACCACAAAGACCUCCAAGGAUGCCCACCCACCCAGGACAGAGAAGACCAAGCGAGUCCUUCAACCAGCAACCUGCCCUCCCAGCAUCUCUGGAGCACCCAAGGCCUCGCCCGAGACGGACAGUUUACCUGGAGAGAGAAGGGACCCCGGCCCCGAAGAUGGAAGCCCGGGGGCCAAAAUGGAGCCUUCUUCUGUCUCAGAGGGCAGGCCUGACGCUCAGGAUGACUCCUCUUUGCCUGGAGUGGACAAAGACAAUACCUCAGGUGAUGCUGGCCUUCAGGAUGUUGGGGUGAAGGUUCCCCGGGUCAAUGAUUCCACAGAGGACACUUCCUUCACAGAGUCACUGAGCCGGAGCUCAGUGGAGGUCACCCUGCAGACUGGGGAAGAUGGAGGAGAUGAUGGUGGGAAAAAAUCUGGGGAGGCAGACAGUGUCCAAGAAAUUGGUCUCCGGCCUUCCAAUGGGAGUGGAGAGAAGAAGCUCAACAGUGUAAACCUGGAGAGCCCAGAGGUUACAGUUAUCCCAGAGAGCACUACGGAGUCUGACUACCAAUCCACAGUUAGCGACUCCGACUCGGAUGGGCCAAUCCUCUACCGAGAUGACGAAGAAGAGGAUGAGGAUGACGAGUACACCAACAGCUCUCUAGCGAGUAAGAUCCGCCGUAGAGACACCCUGGCCAUCAAACUGGGCAACCGGCCCAGCAAGAGGGAGCUGGAGGAGAAGAACAUCCUGCCUCGCACUUCUGAGACUGAGAGGCAGGAACUCCGCCAGCAGAUUCACUCCAAGCUAGUGAGACGACUUAGUCAGAGGCCCACCACUGAGGAACUGGAGCAGAGGAACAUUCUGAAACAGACGAAUGAAGCUGAUCAACAGGAAGCCAUACAAGAGAUUAAAAGGCGACUCUCCCGAAAGCUGAGUGUGAGGCCCACGGUAGCGGAGCUGGUGGCCCGGCGGAUCCUGCGCUUCAACGAGUACGUGGAGUGCACUGACGCCAAAGACUACGACCGCCGCGCUGACAAGCCCUGGACCCGGCUCACCCCGGCUGACAAAGCCGCGAUCCGUAAAGAACUGAAUGAAUUCAAAAGCAAAGAGAUGGAAGUUCACGAAGAGAGCAAGCAAUUCACUAGGUUCCAUCGGCCCUGAGGCGCCAUCUCUCCAGUGGUGGUGCUGGUCAGCCCUGCGUCAGGGCCCUCUCUCCCCACUGACCCGUGUCCUGAUACGGGCCUCACCAUCCGGCUUCUCCUCAGAGCCCGGAUGCCCCUAAGCAUGGACACGGUCCCCCAGGGCCUACCAGAGAACGGGAACGGGCCGAGAGCUGUUGCCCAAGUGUCGUCUUUGCACAAACUGAAAGUACUAAAGUGUUGCACUUUCUAACAAAGUGCUAAUUUAAUUAACCCACCUGCCUUUUGGCUUCCAUAAUGGACCCCACUGGUUUGGACCAAGUCCCAAUGGAGGGGAAAUGGUUUUGCAACUCUGCUGAUGAGCCACGGGUGAAAAGCAGGUCAAUCAAAUCAGUUUGUAACUUGUGCAAUGAAAGGCUUGUGCGCUUCCUCAUCAAUGCUAUGAAGAAAAUCUGCAAAAAAUAUAUAGUAACAAUUCUAACGUAAUCACGUGUUGGCAUGGGUAGGUGUGUUUAAAAUGGAGUGGUCCUUUUUACAGUAUUGAUGAUGGAAAGGAAGGUGUGCAGGUCUUUUCAAGUGGAUGAUAGCUAAUACUGAUCACAAGGCAUUUGGAAAUGAGCUACAGAACCAAGGAGUGCGUAAGAAAGCCUUAGUUCCCACUGUGCACACCAAUGUUUUACUGGUCACAUACAUUGUAGCAGAUGUCGAUGCAGGUGGAGUGUGUCCCGGCUCCUAAAACAAUACAGUCCCUUCAAUAACAUUAGUAGUUGCAUUCAUUUAAAGCAAGUACAAUUCAAAUUGUACAGUUAAAGUAAAAAGAACAGUGUGUGUGUGCAUGGGUGAGUGUGUAUGUCUGUGCGUAGAUGAGAUGGAGUGUGUGCAAAGGGCCUCAGGGUGCAGUGAAGAUAGGCCGCUAGUUUAACAGUCCGGGGGUGGAAAGUCCAGUGUUUUUGUUGGUGAUCCUCCACUGUCAUCUCUGUCUGCUAGGAGGUAGCAAUACAAAGUCUCCUUGGCUCGAGUGGCUGUGGUCCAUGAUGAUCUUUGAGGACUUUCUCUGCAGCGUGUGUAGAUGUCCUACAGAGCAGGCUGCAGGCCCCACAAUGCUCACAGCGAAUGGGCUCUCUAGAGGGUCUAUAGAAAUUCAUCAUUAGUUUCUUCCCCUGGCCGCCUGAGGUGGUUGGGCCUUGACCACGUGUUUGUGUGGUUUGACCAUUUCAGGUACUCUGUGAUUGAGGGGCAACGCGGAUGUGGUGGUUUUGCCCACCUAAAGCACCUGGGGGAUGGCUUGUCAGGAAGUCCAGGCUGGGUCUGGUACCAGGUUUCACAGCUUCCUGAGAGGUUUUAAGUGCAUUAGGAUGUUGAAAGCGGAGCGGUGUUAUCUUCAUGAGGACAGGACAGAGUGCGCCCUAUUGACUCGUGGUUGCGUUACCUCCCCAUUGUCUGCAAGCCGUCCAGUGACUUUCCAAAUGUAGAGCAAGUUCCGACAGUUGGUCUGCCCUUUUGAUUGUUUGGACUGUUGAUAAGGGAUUGUCUGUGUAGAAAGGAUGUGUGUUAAUGUUAGUAUUGUACAGUCUCAGAUGAAUCCAUCAGAUGUGUUGUUCCUGGUCAUAAAAUGUCCAAAUUGCCUUUUGUGAUGCAUUUCUUGGGCAUUUAUAUGGUGAAAGGCACCCAUCAGAAUUAAUUUUAAUUUCUCUUCUGAGGAAAGGUGGGGGGAGAACCACAGCAUUUAUGUACAUUUCCUCCUUUGUUUUUCUUUUUGUUAUUUUAGAUGAAUUUAUAUCAGAUCAUACAUAAAAUUCAAGUUUACUGCCAAUUACAAGAAUGGAUUUUUACAUUGUGAUGUUUUAACAGGACUAUUUUACCACCCUGAUCUUGACUGACAGUGCUAUGUAAGUGCUGUACAUAUGAGAGUAAUGUAUCUUGGAAUAAUGUCAUGUACAUAAUCUUCAUUUAUAUACAUGUACUGCCACUUCUAUAUCUAUCAUGCAUAUUUCUCUUUAUUUGUGAAUACUUUUGACGGCUUUUGGAGUGUAUAUACGUGGAAGCAUAGUAAGUAAGUGCAUUAUAUGCCCUCCAUAUUGCUUUUACUGUUCUGUUGUUAAUCACGUACUGUAUAUAGACCAUUUAUAAGAAACAUCAAUGUUGAAUGCUCAGGAGGAAGAUGCCAUAAACCUUCAGUAUUAUCUACAUAUAGACUGAAAGUGAUGCGAAAGUCACUGAAUUGGUAUCACUUGACUUGGAGACCUAGGGAGGUUUAUAUUGAUUAUUAUGCAUAUACUGUGUCUCAAUGUCAUGCUGUAUUUUCUUGUAUAUUGAGAGACCAAGCCAUGAAAACUCAAGUAGAUUUCUUUUCAGACCUUUUCUCUGACUGCUUCUGCCAUCUUUCUAUCCAUUGUUUGACAUCUUGCAUAAUGGAUUUCAAGUGGUCGGGGUCCACGUGUUGUUGAAGUGCAUUUGUAUUUAAAACCUGUGCAGUGAAAAGUAUUUUGUCAAGACAACUGUGAGUCCACAGUGCAGUCAACUGUGAAGCCAUUGAUUGGGUCAAUAAAAACCUGAGCAGGAGGUCUGUA